AUGGUAAUUAACGUCAUCAAUGGUAUACCCAUCGAACAAACAAACGAUUUUCAAGAUUCGAUAUUAAAUAAAACAAAUUGUAACGUAAUAUUAUUAGCACCGGCAGAAACCGUUUUACAAGUUGCACAACUUGCCAAUUUGGAUAACGAAAUUGAAAAUAUAAAUAAACCCUCGUCACAGUUAAGACCCAAACCUAGACCACCAUCACCUAAAAUUUCAAACGACGAUGAAUCGUCGAAAAAAACGGAAACGGAAAUGAAAAAUCCUUUAAGUUAUUUUUCAAUUUUCCCACUUUUACUUCUUUUUACCAGAGUUUCCUCGGUGAAUAUAAACAAGGGAAAUUUACCGGAAAAUUUUCAACCGGGUGAAAACAUCGAAAGUUUUUCCGCACUUUUUCAACUUGCCAAACUCAACAUAAUCGCUCGAAUGAUGUCGAAAGAAAUACAAAUAUUAUUACCAAGUGAUCAAUCAUGGAGAUUGAAAAAUUAUUUUAAACUUCUCAAUAAGCAAAAAGAAAAAACUCUUGAACUUCGUAUGUAA